GUGUUUGGUUCGGUGAAAGGUAGCUAAGGAAAGCUCCAAAAUGGCAAGUCUGGAUACGCAAAGCCUACUGUUCGAAGAGAAAGCACUGCAUACACCUUCGUUGGUCGAAAUACGCGAUGUGCUCGCGACUGGCUUGAAGUCUAGCUUCGCAACGGUCAACGUGGAGGUCGUGGCAUGUCCGGAUCUCACCAAAGCCCCUUUCCAUCUUGCCGGACAAGGUUUGAACGGCAGUCCAACGCUGGUGGAAAUCGGUGGACCACCGUACCUCCUCCCGAACGUCGAUCGCAGCAAGCUGUACGAUCUGGUGUCCGUUUCCCAGCGUGCCCUGCAUGACACGAAGAAAGAAUUCAUUGCCAUCGGUGCUGGUGCCGGUCCAUUCCCGCUGGUAAACUCCAAUUGCGAGGGUAUGUUCAACCUACGCUACACGCCCCCAGGAACGGUGGCCAGCGAAAGUCACUUGGCGGUGAUCUCCCCUACCGAUCGAACGGUGACCGUUCACAAAAUCCCGAACACGGAAACGCGCUGCGCACUGCUUGGUAACAUUCUCGUCGCGGAGGGCAAAGCGGGCCAGGUGCUGAAGGUGAGCUGCAAGCGGCGUACCGGAAAGAAGGACUUCAUUGCCAGCAUCCGCACGUGUCUCGAGGGUCACUACGGAGAGCAGACGGUCGGUCUCGGGGGUGUGUUCCUAUUGCAGGCGGGUAAAGCGAAGCAGCACGUAAUGUCGCCGUUCUCGGAGACUCCGCUUAACACGGAGGAAGAGCUCAACGAGUGGCUUAACUUCUAUGAUAUGCCGGCACCGCUGAUUAACGUGGGCACCCUCGUGACAACCGAGUGCGAUCUCGAUCUGCGGCUGCAGCAUUUCCACAGCUUCUCAACGCACGGCCAUGGUGGCCACUAUCAUAUCGACACCACGCCGGACAUUGUCGAGUACGAGGGAUAUUUUGUCGUCGGCGAGCGGAUCGUGCGCGUCGACAAACCGGUCAUUACGCACAAAUUCGGACGAGACUAAGCAGAUCGAGCGCAAUCCAUUCGGUUUCGCAAAGCACACACACACAAUAAGGGAAACAAUAAACAUAAGGGGAAGCCCUUCGGAGCCCUUAAGGGUGGGAGAGUAUCAUGCACUAAUGGGUCAACAAAUAAACAUUGAUAAUGAACCAGGCAAUACGCGCACGCUUUUCGUUGUCUGAUGUGCUUUUGUAGGUCAUCCUAUGGGUACACAACCGUUGUGUGUAUUGCUUGGAGGAUGGAAUAAUAAGAACUGAUAAGAACUCACCCGAGCGAGAAGAACUUGACCGCGAACGGCUAAGUCGGUGCUCUUGGACAAGGAAGAUUUGAUAGUGUCCGUCUCGUGCCUGGCCUGCGUUUGUUUGACAGCCAAAAUUAAGUGAUCUUUGAAAUGAUUAAUUGUUUCACAAAAGGUGACGACGAAUUACUGAUUACUUCGUACUUUUUUUUAUUAGGGAAAUUAAUUAA